GGAAGCAGUGUGAUCAGAAGAAGAAGAAGAAUUAACAUUGUUGACGUCUUGCGUAAACACACUUGGUCAAGUGUAGCUUAAUGUAGUAAAUGUUGAAGGUAAAGUGAAGUUAAGUCCGGUUCACUAGACGUUACUAGACACACACUACGCGGUGGUUGUAGAGGACUAAAGGGUGAGGUAUGAACCAGUGAGAAGGAGACAGCUGCUGGUUCCUCUAGGAGCACAAUGUUUGGUCGAGGUUCGUUGUGUAAACAUUAGUUAGAUUAUCCUUCAAGGAGUGGAUGUAGUGGUGAGGACGUGUUCAGUAGCAGUGUUUCUAGAAGUAUGACUGGUAAGAAGCAGUAGAGGGGACACAAUGGGCGCAGCGGGGAGUGAGCCCUGCAUCUACGACAAGCUGUCGGAGAGCAUCCACAUCCUCCGGCAGUCCGGCUACCGCUACGGGAUGUCCGAGGGGGAGAUCGAGAAGUUCAUCAAACAGGUCCUGGAGACCAAUGAGCCCAGGAGAGACCCUCACCAAUUCCCGGUCCUGCGAGCCACCCUGAAGUUCAUUGUGGCGGUGGGGUUUCUUCUGCUGGUGGUGCUGGCCUUCACCUACCCUCAGAGCGACCCUCAGCUGGGGCUUGCCUCCCUGGGCUGCAGCAACUGGUCAUCACCGCUCAGCCACGUCCGCUUGUUGUCUCUGCCCAUUGCCAAGAAGUACAACCUCCAAGGUUUCCAUGAGUGGUGGAGUGCUGGGACACUGCGACAGAACCUCGUCAACUGCUCGGCCUGCUCGGAGAUCUCCUCUGUGCUGGAGGUCCCAGAGACCCUAAAGGAGACGGUUGCGUUACGCAGGGGCCCGCAGCUGGUCCUACUCAAGGGCGGGCCGUCCCUGAGCCUGCAGCGGGAGCAGCUGGAGGAGCUCUACUCGGCCCACUCUGAGUCCAUGUCUGUCCUGCUGGAGGAGGACGGCGCCCACACCACCGAGGACGGCUUCCCCCAGGGCCCGGCCAACUUCACCCUGCUCUGGCGGUUCAGCUAUGCCACCAGGGAGAAGGUUCUGCGCUGGUUGUUCCCCAAGGCAGAGCUCUGCCCCCUGCUGGACAGUGCGGGCACUACUCUGCAACGCUGCCUGGUCAGCCACAGCCCCAACUCUCAGAGCAGGGGGGUCGGGGUGCUGGGGUGGCUGGUGGUGGGAGAGGGGCUGCCGUCUCUACGCGUGCUCCCAGUGCAUCGCUGUAGGAAACACUGCGGCUCAUUCCACAUCUGGCUCCAGCCUGGGAACAUCGUGUAUGCUGAUCCACGCUACUGGCAGAUGGAGCUCUUUCCAGGGAGCGGACAGAACAUAGUCUGUGAUGGUUCUGCUUUCUAAGGUGUGCGUCCGGGGGGCGUCUCCCAGGCUUUCAUACUGAAGCUCUCUCACCGACUCUACUAUUCAAUCUGCGAUGUUUUCUUCAGACCUUUGUUCAUCAUAAGCACUUCACUGUUCCAAGAAGUACGUUCAAAAUAUAUUUUGAACAUGUGAUUGUAUAUAAUUGUAAAUAAUAAUUUUAAUUUAGGACAUUACCCGAGCACAGAAAUUAGAUAUGUGCUUUGAUGUUUAAAUAAAGCUUUGAAUGGUU